AUGUCCGAGACGGGCAGCCACGGGGGCUCGUCUGAGCAUGAGGUCAACACACCCCUGGUGCUCAUCAGCCCCGCCUUCAAGAAGAAAGGUAAGCACUCUCAUUGGCUCUCCUGUUAUCCCCCCCCCUGUCUGUCUGUCUUGCUGUCGGUGAACAAGUAGGCACAUGCACACCGGUGUUCAAAUCCGUAUCACAACACACAUCCACAAUAGUAUAGUGAAAAUCCGUUUACAUUUGUUUUCACCUAUGAAAAAUUUGGUUAAGUGAGGAUUAACAUCACUUUUGUUAAGUAAGGGCCUACUCCAAAGCGCCUGUGCCACACACACACACACACACACACACACACACACACACACACACACACACACGUUCACGCCUGGUUAAAUAAAGGUUAAGAAAAUACACGUUCUCUCUCUCACACAAACAUACACACAUGGCCAUCUCUCAGCUGAGCUCUCACACUGUGAGAAGCGGUGAUGUCUUGGCAAUGUGUUAAGAGGGGCUCAUUAACGUCUCGCCGCUCUGUGACGAACGUGUUGGAGGCCGUCGGUGUGAAUGUGAUAAUUGUUUCUAUAUUCGCCACGUCUAUUUCUAGAUCACUCCUCAUCUACAUGGGUUUAUUUCAGGUGGAUAAAAUUUUACUGAAAGACUGGCUGAGAAAUGAAGUGUUGGCAGAAACAUGAUGGACAGGCUGGUACAGUAACUUGUACUGUAGGACCUCAGACACAUGAUGGACAGGCUGGUACAGUAAGUUGUACUGUAGGACCUCAGACACAUGAUGGACAGGCUGGUACAGUAACUUAUACUGUAGGACCUCAGACACAUGAUGGACAGGCUGGUACAGUAAGUUGUACUGUAGGACCUCAGACACAUGAUGGACAGGCUGGUACAGUAACUUAUACUGUAGGACCUCAGACACAUGAUGGACAGGCUGGUACAGUAACUUAUACUGUAGGACCUCAGACACAUGAUGGACAGGCUGGUACAGUAAGUUGUACUUUAGGACCUCAGACACAUGGACAGGCUGGUACAUUAAGUUGUACUGUAGGACCAGACACAUGAUGGACAGGCUGGUACAUUAAGUUGUACUGUAGGACCAGACACAUGAUGGACAGGCUGGUACAGUAACUUAUACUGUAGGACCUCAGACACAUGAUGGACAGGCUGGUACAGUAAGUUGUACUGUAGGACCUCAGACACAUGAUGGACAGGCUGGUACAUUAAGUUGUACUGUAGGACCAGACACAUGAUGGACAGGCUGGUACAGUAAGUUGUACUGUAGGACCUCAGACACAUGAUGGACAGGCUGGUACAGUAAAGUAUACUGUAGGACAUCAGACACAUGAUGGACAGGCUGGUACAGUAAGUUGUACUGUAGGACCAGACACAUGAUGGACAGGCUGGUACAGUAACGUAUACUGUAGGACCUCAGACACAUGAUGGACAGGCUGGUACAGUAAGUUGUACUGUAGGACCUCAGACACAUGAUGGACAGGCUGGUACAGUAACUUAUACUGUAGGACCUCAGACACAUGAUGAACAGGCUGGUACACUAACUUACACUGUAGGACCUCAGACACAUGAUGGACAGGCUGGUACAUUAAGUUGUACUGUAGGACCAGACACAUGAUGGACAGGCUGGUACAGUAAGUUAUACUGUAGGACCUCAGACACAUGAUGGACAGGCUGGUACAGUAACUUAUACUGUAGGACCUCAGACACAUGAUGGACAGGCUGGUACAGUAAGUUGUACUGUAGGACCUCAGACACAUGAUGGACAGGCUGGUACAGUAAGUUGUACUGUAGGACCUCAGACACAUGAUGGACAGGCUGGUACAGUAACUUAUACUGUAGGACCUCAGACACAUGAUGGACAGGCUGGUACAGUAAGUUGUACUGUAGGACCUCAGACACAUGAUGGACAGGCUGGUACAGUAAGUUAUACUGUAGGACCUCAGACACAUGAUGGACAGGCUGGUACAGUAACUUGUACUGUAGGACCUCAGACACAUGAUGGACAGGCUGGUACAGUAACUUACACUGUAGGACCUCAGACACAUGAUGGACAGCCUGGUACAGUAACUUAUACUGUAGGACCUCAGACACAUGAUGGACAGGCUGGUACAGUAAGUUGUACUGUAGGACCUCAGACACAUGAUGGACAGGCUGGUACAGUAACUUAUACUGUAGGACCUCAGACACAUGAUGGACAGGCUGGUUACAGUAAGUUGUACUGUAGGACCUCAGACACAUGAUGGACAGGCUGGUACAGUAAGUUGUACUGUAGGGCCUCUGACACAUGAUGGACUGCAGAGCUCAUGUUCUGGAUUGUCCUGUCAACUCAACUGGCAGAAUUAAUCUUGAGCUAAAAACAGGACACAGCAUUAAUAAAAUAUACAUUUUUGAAUGGAUUUUGUUUUGUUUUAAAGUGUGCUACAUAAAGUGAAUUAAUCAUUGUUAUUAAAGUAUGACGUAGAGGAGUAGGGGAUUAGAGGAGUAGGGGAUUAGAGGAGUAGGGGAUUAGAGGAGUAGGAGAUUAGGGGAGUAGGGGUUGAUUGGAGAUGCGGUACAUAAAUUAUGUUCUGCUCCUGUGACUUCUCACUUCAUUUCUCAACUGUGUACGUGUGUGUGUGUGUGUGUGUGUGUGUGUGUGUGUGUGUGUGUACACACGCGUUUGUCUGUCUGUCUUGUGCAUGUGUGCCUCCUUGCGCGCUCUUGUUUCUAUGUCCUGAGAUACUCCCUCAAACUAUCUCUUCUCUCUACUCCUUAUAAACAGUAGGGAUGGAGAAACAGUCAACAGUCGAGCAGGUGGACCUAACCCCGACCCUGGCUCUUGGUCUGGGCCUGCCCAUCUCCCAGAACAGCGUGGGCCGACUCAUCCAGCCCGUGGUAGAGGAGGCCUCGCUCAGGGACCAGCUGCGCUUCCUGCACCUCAACGGCCACCAGCUGAGCUACCUGCUGAAGGACAGCAUCCCAGCCUAUGAGAAAGGUAAGAGGGAAUAGUGUGGGUCAGUGCAGUGGUAGUGCCAGAUCAGAGCAAGGCUAAAUCAGCUUCCAGCCUCCCAAAGCAACAGAGUUGUCCGUGUGUACUAGAGCUCUUCACGGGUCCAAACAGAUGGACCCGUUCCGAAAUGAAUCCGUGGCUUUCCCACCCAACCCGAUAUGCAUAAAUAUAUAUAUUUUUUAAAGGAGACCAGUUCCGAAUGGACCCAAGGACAGUCAGAUCCGUUCCAAAAUGGCCCGUGGAAAAACACGCAAAUGGACCCGUGUUGGUUUGGAUCCGAGAGUAGAACGAGAGAGAGAAAGAAACCUCUGCCAACAAUUAACAAGCGAUAUUGGCCAAAUGAUCGAUCCACAGUUACAUGUCCUUAAAAACUACCAAAUGACAUAUAACAAACUACAAACAAAAUAUUAUGUGUUUCGAUGUGUAGCAUAAUCAAAACUGUAUAGCUUAUUGUUUUAUUGGUUUUUACUUUCCUAAAACAAUAAUUGUUCACCUUACGGUUCAGCUGUCAGAGAUUUGAGCGCUUAAUGUAUCAGGGCAUUGCAUGCAUUUAUGUCUAUAGGCCUAGCUUCCACUGUAUGAUAUUAAUAUUAAAGGAAGAGAAGCUUAGGCCUAGCCCUAGAGAGAAUAAAGGAGCAACUUUGGUAGGCCUAAAGCAUCUUUCCUGACCUCAAGCCUAUACCACACCAAACCUUCACAAAAGUUUCUUAACUUUAUUAGAGUAAUAUCAAAGUAAGUCAAGUCAUUGUUUAAAGGUAAAAUACAAACUGUAGGCAUACCCAACAAAUGACAGCAAAAGGCUAAUUAUAUUUAUUUUACGUCAGGCCUACUUUAAACUUUUAUCUUAAAUUAAAUACAGAGCACAAAAUUAAAAAUACAUUUUGAACUUAAUUUAGCCAACGAAAAUGUCUCAACAAAAUGAAACAAAACACUUUGCAUAUUUAAAGAAAUGUUUUAGAUUCUAAACUAGGCUUACAAUAAUAAUAAUGAUAAAAACAAAUUAUAAUAAAUACGAAAAUAAAUAAAUAAAAGUUCGAAAAUUGCAUCAAAGCUGAAUAGCGAGUUGCACACAUUCCAUUUGCCCACGUGACGUUCUUCUCAUCUUUAUCACUAAAACUUGUCCCCACAGAGGACAUUCCCCUUGUCGGCUUCUUUUCACUAUACUCUUUCUCCUCUAACUUUGGUUUUACUUCAAUGAAAAAGGCCUCAAUUUUUGCAAACAACAGUAGCCUAGGCCAAGGCUCCUUUCACGCGCUCUCUCUCUUCAGCAGCAGGCGUAAGUAAGGUGAGAGGCCUGAACCAGUUUCUGCUGGACAUAAGCUAUAUGUUUUAUUGAGUUGCAAUCAAGCUUGCACAGUUCUCAUCGCCUCACACAUUAAAUGAACAGAGGACAGGUCCAGUUGGUAAAUCAAUUUUAAUUGCACAUACCCGAGACCCGUGGCAAUUCAGACCCAACCCAGAUCCGAGACAAAAUUCUGAAUUUAUGGUCGGAUCUCAGAAUUUGGGAUCUGUUGGACCUCUAGUGUGUACAAAGCUAUUUAGAUAAAGCCAAAAAAAGUGGCUCAAUUAUUAAUAACACAAGUAUGAACAAGCAAGUAUACAGGUGCUUAAGCACAUGAGCACAAUGUGUGGUGUACACAAACAGCAUAUGUCCCUGGAACCCUUUAAGUCUGUAAAUAGAUGGAAGGAUUCAACAUGGUUGAGUUACAAAGAUUGCCUUUGGCUGCCUCUCUACAGAAGACAAUCCUUCUCCCUCUCUCUUGACGCACACACACACACACACACACACCUACACACACCUAACACACACACACACACACAGCCUUCCUCUGCAGGGUUUUACUCUCUCUCCCUCUAGUAUCUUACUGAGUCACUGUCAAAGAAAGAAAGGAGAAGAUUAUCAAACUUUGGAGUUCUCACACAAACACACACACCUGUGUUUAGGCUGUGUUGUAUACAUGUCAGAGCAAGGCUGUGAGGCCUGUCCUUGGGCUAUUACAGGGGAUGUUCUGUGUCAGGUCAUCUCUUCCCAGUGAUCAAAAUUGCUCCUGCACAUUUAUUUGGUUCAUAAUCUUGAAAAGGGUCAACUUAACUCAAAUGCACAAUAUAGACUGAGUGUACAAAACAUUAAGAAAACAUGGUCUUUCCAUGACAUAGACUGACCAGGUGAAUCCAGGUGAAAGCUACGCUACAUGACCAAAAGUGGACACCUGCUCGUCAAACAUCUAAUUCCAGAAUCAUGGGCAUUAAUAUGUAGUUAGUCCCCCCUUUGCUGCAAUAACAGCCUCCACUCUUCUGGGAAGGCUUUCCACUAGAUGUUGGAACAUUGCUGCGGGGCCUUGCUUCCAUUCAGCCACGAGCGUUAGUAAGGUCGGGCACUGAUGUUGGGCGAUUAGGCCUGGCUCGGCAUUCCAAUUCAUUCCGAAGGUGUUCGAUUGGGUUGAGGUCAGGGCUCUGUGCAGGCCAGUCAAGUUCUUCCACACCGAUCUCGACAAACCAUUUCUGUAUGGACCUUGCUUUGUACACGGGAGCAUUGUCAUGCUGAAACAGGAAAGGGCCUUCCCCAAACUGUUGCCACAAAGUCUAGAAUGUAAUUGUAUGCUGUAGCGUUAAGAUUUCCCUUUACUGGAACUAAGGGGCCUAGCCCGAACCAUGAAAAACAGCCCCAGACCAUUAGUCCUCCUCCACCAAACUUUACAGUUAGAACUAUGCAUUCGGGCAGGUAGCGUUCUCCUGGCAUCCGCCAAACCCAGAUUCGUCCGUCUGACUGCCAGAUACAUACAUCACUCCAGAGAAUGCGUUUCCACUGCUCCAGAGUCCAAUGACGGCAAGCUUUACACAACUCCAGCUGACGCUUGGCAUUGUGCAUGGUGAUCUUAGGCUUGUGUGCGGCUGCUCGGCCAUGGAAACCCAUUUCAUGAAGCUCCCGACGAACAGUUAUUGUGCUGACGUUGCUUCCAGAUGCAGUUUGGAACUCGUUAGUGAGUGUUGCAACCGAGGACAGAUGAUUUUUAUGCUCUUCAGCACUCUGCGGUCCCGUUCUGUGAGCUUGUGUGGCCUACCACUUUGCGGCUGAGCCGUUGUUGCUCCUAGAUAUUUCCACUUCACAAUAACAGCACUUACAGUUGACCGGAGCAGCUCUAGCAGGGCAGAAAUUUGACGAACUGACUUGUUGGAAAGGUGGCAUCCUAUGACGGUGCCACUUUGAAAGUCACUGAGCUCUUCAGUAAGGCCAAUCUACUGCCAAUGUUUGUCUAUGGAGAUUGCAUGGCUGUGUGCUCGAUUUUAUACGCUUUUCAUCAACAGGUGUAGCUGAAAUAGCUGAAUCCACCAGUUUAAAGGGGUGUCCACAAAAUUUUGCAUUCCUUAUUGAUGUCACCUAUUAAAUCCACUUCAAUCAGUGUAGAUGAAGGGGAGGAGACAGGUUAAAGGAUUGUUGAGCCUUGAGACAACUGAAACAUGUAUGUGUGCCAUUCAUAGGUUGAAUGGACAAGAUAAAAUAUUGAAGUGCCCUUUGAACGGGGUAUGAUAGUAGGUGCCAGGCGCAACGGUUUGAGUUUGUCAAGAACUCCAAUACUGCUGGGUUUUUCACGCUCAACAGUUUCCCGUGUGUAUCAAGAGUGGUCCACCACCCAAAGGACAUCCAGCCAAUGGCAGGACAGUGCUCGAAAACGGGUCAUUGAUGAAAGACAAAGAAGGCUGACGCUUUGUGCAGAGUAACAGACGGGCUACAGUUAGUCAACUGACAGUCCAGUACAACAUUGGUGCCCAAAGACCCAUAAAAGAAUGCACAACUUGUCAUACCUUGACACGAAUGGGGUAUGGCAGCCGACGACCUUGCAGAGUUCCUCUUCUUUCAGCAAAAAAUAAGAAACUUUGGUUGCAGUGGCUAAGGAACGAAAACACUGGACACUGGAGAACUGGAAAAACAUUGCCUGGACUGAUGAAUCCCAGUUCCUGCUGUUUCACGCUAAUGGGAGGACUAGAGUAUGGAGAAAACCACGAGUACAUGCGUCCAUUGUGCCCCUUGUCAACAUUGCAGGCUGGUGGUGGUGGUGUGGGGUGUGUUUUCAUGGCACGCAUUGGGCCUAAAAGUGGAGCAACGUUUGAAUGCUACAGGAUAUCUGAACAUCUUUGCCAAUCAGGUGCAUCCUUUCAUGGCAGCAGUGUAUCCAUCUGCGAAUAGAUUUUUUCAGCAGGAUAAUACCCAAUGCCACAAGGCUAGGAUUGUCCAGCUUACCGCAGUGGCCUGCCCAGUCACCAGAUCUCAAUCCAAUUUGAGCAUCUGUGGGAUGAGAUGGAACGAGCUAUUUGGAGUAGAAAUCCACUACCAGCCAACUUGACACAACUGUGGGAAGCAUUGGAGUCAACAUGGGCCAGCAUCCCUGUGGAACGCUUUCGACACCUUGUAGAGUCCAUGCCCGACUAAUUGAGGCUAUUCUGAGGGCAAAAGGGGGUGCAACUCAAUAUUAGGAAGGUGUUCCUAAUGUUUUGUACACUCAGUGUAAAUGUCUAGAAGUAAACGUGGUACAGAGGUAAUAGUGGUUCUGAGGUCUCACUAGGUUGGAACAUGGAGCCUACAAUUCGAGGGUUGUGGGUUUGAAUAUGUAAAGUUAGGCACUAUAUGGUAUGUCAGAAUCCCUUGAGGAUUCUCUGCUGGUGUGUCAACUAUAUGGAACAGUACAGGAACAUAUUCCAUAUUCAUUUUGAGGUAGGGUUCCUGCUUUAAAAUGAUGUGUUGAUCUAGCUGGCUUCUGAAUGAUGUGUUGAUCUAGCUGGCUUCAGAAUGAUGUGUUGAUCUAGCUGGCUUCAGAAUGGUGUGUUGAUCUAGCUGGCUUCAGAAUGAUGUGUAGAUCUAGCUGGCUUCAUAAUGAUGUGUUGAUCUAGCUGGCUUCAGAAUGAUGUGUUGAUCUAGCUGGCUUCAGAAUGAUGUGUUGAUCUAGCUGGUUUCAGAAUGAUGUGUUGAUCUAGCUGGCUUCAGAAUGAUGUGUUGGUCUAGCUGGCUUCAGAAUGAUGUGUUGGUCUAGCUGGCUUCAGAAUGAUGUGUUGGUCUAGCUGGCUUCAGAAUGAUGUGUUGAUCUAGCUGGCUUUUGAACAAAGAAUAAUCCAGGUUGGUAGAUAGUGUGAGUGUGUUUCCCCAAACCACCGCACGAGUGUGUGUGGGCGCAAGUGAGUGUGGGCGCAAGUGGGUGUGAGUGUAAGUGGGUGUGAGUGUGUCUGGGCGUGAGUGUGUCUCUCUCCUCAGAGUGCUUGAUCUUGAUCAAAGCCAAGUCUCACAAUGCAGAUUCCUAUCGGUGAAUGUGUGUCAAAACACAGGCUGGUCACAAGAAAGAGAUGUUGAAUUCAGAUGCUUGAAAACGUUCGGAGGACGUCGAUAUAUGCCUUCGUCGGGGCGCUCACCCCCCAAGAAUAAACAAUUAUGGCAUAGCACUGGGCUGGAAAUUACGAGGCUCAGAGCCAGAGAGCUGCCUUGACCACUGCACCACUCAGAGCCAGAGAGCUGCCUAGACCACUGCCCCACUCAGAGCCAGAGGAUGCUUAGACCACUGCCCCACUCAGAGCCAGAGGAUGCUUAGACCACUGCCCCACUCAGAGCCAGAGGAUGCUUAGACCACUGCCCCACUCAGAGCCAUAGGCUGCCUAGACCACUGCCCCACUCAGAGCCAUAGGCUGCCUAGACCACUGCCCCACUCAGAGCCAUAGGCUGCCUAGACCACUGCACCACUCCGAGCCAGAGGCUUCCUAGACCACUGCCCCACUCAGAGCCAGAGGAUGCUUAGACCACUGCCCCACUCAGAGCCAGAGGAUGCUUAGACCACUGCCCCACUCAGAGCCAUAGGCUGCCUAGACCACUGCCCCACUCAGAGCCAUAGGCUGCCUAGACCACUGCCCCACUCAGAGCCAUAGGCUGCCUAGACCACUGCACCACUCCGAGCCAGAGGCUUCCUAGACUACUGCACCACUCAGAGCCAGGGAGCUGCCUAGACCACUGCACCACUCAGAGCCAGAGGAUGCUUAGACCACUGCCCCACUCAGAGCCAGAGGCUGCCUAGACCACUGCACCACUCAGAGCCAGAGGCUGAGCCAGAGGCUGCCUAAACCACUGUGCCACUCAGAGCCAGAGCGCUGCCUAGACCACUGCACCACUCAGAGCCAGAUCGCUGCCUAGACUACUGCACCACUCAGAGCCAGAUCGCUGCCUAGACUACUGCACCACUCAGAGCCAGAUCGCUGCCUAGACUACUGCACCACUCAGAGCCAGAUCGCUGCCUAGACCACUGCGCCACAGCAAUUCACCAUUCUCUUGCAAGCAGGGAGGGUACUUGAUGAUACUUAAUGGAAACAGCGCAUUGUUUUUAAUUAUUUAGUUUUAAGCCUUCCCCAAACCAUAACCCUAACCUUAACCACUCUAAAUAAAUACCUAAACUUAACCCUUUCAGUUGUUUCUGUUAAACUUGUAACCACACGGAAUUAACCCUGUAAUCAUGCGGAAUGAAUUGGUCAAAAAUCGACGUUCAUCCAAUUACGGCAAAUUCUGAAGUGAAACUAUGAGGUCAGGUCAAAACAUGCCCUCUGUGCUCGCCGUGCUCUACGCCACCUAAAUAGCACACGCAUAGAUGCACACAGGCAAACACACAGACAUACACUCACACACAGGCAAACACACAGACAUACACUCACACACAGGCAAACACACAGACAUACACUCACACACAGGCAAACACACAGACAUACACUCACACACAGGCAGACACACAGACAUACACUCACACACAGGCAAACACACAGACAUACACUCACACACAUGCAUACACGCAGACGCAGUUCUACAUGCCACAGUUCAAGACGUUUGCAUUACCUGAGUAUUUCGAUAAAUGACACACAUUGAACCCUGAGUAAAGAUAUUAAUGAUAAGUCAGGGUUGAUAAUCAUCUAUGUUCACAACUGUUAACAUUUUCACUGUCUUAUUAUCAAUUCACCGCCACCGCCACCCUCUCCCCUUCAUCUCCUUCUUUUUGUUUCAGGACUCAGCUCCCCACAGGCCUCUGAGUGAUGAAUGCUCAUUACGGUAGUAAAAAUGCUUGCUAAUCAAUCAGAGUGGCUGCUUAGUGCAACUGUAAUUUAAAGCAAAUUUAGAUUCUAGUAGAGUAGCUCAAAAGUAUUUAGUAUUUAUUAGAAUCCCCAUUAGCUGCUGCCAAGAGAGAGGAUAACUCACACAGGUCUUAAAUGACUGUUCUGAGUUCGACCUAAAAUGGCUGCCAGGAAGGCCCUUGUCCACACUGCAGACUAUUCAGCAAAUUAUUCAUUUGCCAGUUUCCAUAGUGAUUCUGGGACUUCUACUUUACAAGCAGCGGACCUAAGUCUAGUUCUUGAGGCUAUUACAACUCUGAGAUAGUGACCUCAAAGCAUCCUUGUUCUUCCUGUGUACACAAUGGACAUGCCUAGACAUCUACAUUAACAUCCAUCUUACACUGUACAUGCCUAGACAGCUACACUAACAUCAGUCUCACAACCAACAUGCCUAGACAUCUACUCUAACAUCCAUCUCACACCGGACAUGCCUAGACAUCUCUACUAACAUCAGUCUCACAACCAACAUGCCUAGACAUCUACUCUAACAUCCAUCUCACACCUACAGUAGACAUCUACUCUAACAUCCAUCUCACACCUACAGUAGACAUCUACACUAACAUCCAUCUCACACCAGACAUGCCUAGACAUCUACACAAACAUCCAUCUCACACCUACAGUAGACAUCUACUCUAACAUCCAUCUCACACCUACAGUAGACAUCUACGCUAACAUCCAUCUCACACUGGACAUGCCUAGACAUCUACUCUAACAUCCACAUACAGUAAAUGAGCCUUAUUUCUUGACAAACACAGAAAAUACAUGAUGAAAUGCUAAAGUCAGUCAGUGGCAUAGCUCCUAUCUUUCUUUUUCUUUUUUCAUUACCUUUUAUUUCCUACAUACAGUAUUUCAAUUACUGGACCUCCUUUGAUUGGCUUUUUGUUUUUCCUCAGUGAAAGGAACAGGGGACUCUGUUCAAUGGACUCUAUUCAAUCUGACAUAAACCUCAGAUAGAGGAAGUUGGACAAUUGGAGAAAGUGACUGCUCUUAAAGUGAACUCCGCAAGGUUCAGGUUAUUGCUGUCCCAGUCAGUGUCACUUUGAUUAAAGCAGCCCUAAUGCAUGUCAAGGUCACAUCCAGCCAAAGACCAAGCAAGCAAUGUGGUUCGAAGUUCAACCAAAGUGGCAAUUGAUUGUGGCAAUACCAAACCAAUCACUAUUAGACUGACACAGUGGUGCCUACGUCAAGGCAGCUCGCCUCCUUCCCUUUUUGACCUAACACAUGUCCAUCUCAAGGUGAGCAUACAGUGCCUUCGGAAAGUAUUCAGACCCUUUGACUUUAUGCAAAUUUUGUUACGUUACAGCCUUAUCCUAAAAUGGAUUAAGUAAAAAAAAUCCUCAGCAAUCUACACACAAUACCCCAUAAUGACAAAGCAAAAAAAGUGUUUUAGAAUACCUUAUUUACAUAAGUAUUCAGACCCUUUGCUAUGAGACUCGAAAUUGAGAUCAGGUGCAUCCUGUUUCCAUUGAUCAUCCCUGAGAUGUUUCUACAACUUGAUUGGAGUCUACCUGUGGUAAUUUCAAUUGAUUGGACAUUAUUUGGAAAGACACACACACGUCUAUAUAAGGUCCCGCAGUUGACAGUGCAUGUCGGAGCAAAAACCAAGCCAUGAGGUCGAAAGAAUUGUCUGUAGAGCCCCCGAGACAGGAUUGUGUCGAGGCACAGAUCUGGGGAAGGGUACCAAAAAAUGUCUGCAGCAUUGAAGGCCCCCAAGAACACAGUGGCCUCCAUCAUUAUUAAAUGGAAGAUGUUUAGAACCACCAAGACUCUUCCUAAAGCUGGCCGCCCGGCCAAACUGAGCAAUCGGGGGAGAAGGGCCUUGGUCAGGGAGGUGCCCAAGAACCCGAUGGUCACUCUGAUAGAGCUCCAGACUUCCUCUGUGGAGAUGAGUGACGAGGCGGAAGCCACUCCUCAGUAAAAAGCACAUGACAGCCCGCUUGGAGUUUACCAAAACGCACCUAAAGACUCUCAGACCAUGAGAAACAAGAUUCUCUGGUCUGAUGAAACCAAUAUGGAACUCUUUGGUCUGAAUGCCAAGCGUCACAUCUGGAGGAAACCUGGCACCAUCCCUACGGUGAAGCAUGGUGGUGGCAGCAUCAUUCUGUGGGGAUGUUUUUCAGUGGCAGGGACUGGGAAACUAGUCAGGAACAGGAGGCAAAGCUGAACGGAGUAAAGUACAGAGAGAUAGAUCCUUGAUGAAAACCUGCUCAGGACCUCAGACUGGGGCGAAGGUUCACCUUCCAACAGGACAAUGACCCUAAGCACACAGCCAAAACAAUGCAGGAGUGGCUUCGGUACAAGGAAUAUCCUUGAGUGGCCCAGCCAGAGCCAGGACAUGAACCCAAUUGAACAUCUCUGGAGGGACCUGAAAAUAGCUGUGCAGCAACACUCCCCAUCCAACCUGACAGAGCUUGAGAGGAUCUGCGGAGAAGAAUGGGAGAAACGCCACAAAUACAGGUGUGCCAAGCUUGUAGCGUCAUACCCAAGAAGACUCGAGGCUGUAAUCGCUGCCAAAGGUGCUUCAACAAAGUACUGAGUAAAGUGUCUGAAUACUCAUGUAAAUAUGACAUUUAAUAAAAAAAAUUUAAACCUGUUUUUGCUUUGUCAUUCUGGGUUAUUGUGUGUAGAUUGAUGAGGGGGAAAAAACAAUUUAAUCCAUUUUAGAAUAAGGCUGUAACCUAACAAAAUGUGGAAAGGUCAAGGGGUUUGAAUACUUUCCGAAGGCACUGUACAUGAACAAUUACAUAGUGCUGGAAUGAAAAAGGUGCUGGUACACAUUUUAGGUGUUCAUAUUUUAGAGUGAAUGGGUGGACAUUGAUGGGCGAACAUUGUGAUUUCCCCAAGGCUGUGACCUCUGACUGGUGUGUGUCACGAGUGUUUGUCUUUUUAUUGACAGAGUAUGAUGAAUGGGUCACCGUGGUGGAGCCCUUAAAGCCGCAAUCAGCUGUUGAGACAAUAACAAAGCCUUCCCUACCCCCGUUUUGGUAAAAAGCUCUGGGAUGGGGCUGGAGGAAUGUAACCACUCUAAAUUUCAUAGACAGAGCUAUGGAUGCAAAGACUGACCAUGAUAUCAAAAUUAUAGUUUUAACCAUAUUUUGAGGCUAUAUACUGUUUGUUUACAUUUGUUUUGUUUACAAAGAUUUGAGUAAAACAUGCUUAUAUUUUGUGUUCUAAUGGGGUACGACAGUUGCACUAAGCUCAUGAGGCAUUUAUAAGUUACAGUCGUGGUCAAAAGUUUUGAGAAUGACACAUAUUAAUUUUCACCAAGUCUGCUGCCUCAGUUUUAUGAUGCCAAUUUGCAUAUUCUCCAGAAAGUUAUGAAGUGCGAUCAGAUGAAUUGCAAUUAAUUGCAAAGUCCCUCUUUGCCAUGAAAAUGAACUUAAUCCCCCAAAAAACAUUUCCACUUCAAUUUCAGCCCUGCCACAAAAGGACCAGUUGACAUCAUGUCAGUGAUUCUCUCGUUAACACAGGUGAGAGUGUUGAUUAGGACAGGGCUGGAGAUCACUCUGUCAUGCUGAUUGAGUUAGAAUAACAGACUGGAAGCUUUAAAAUGAGGGUGGUGCUUGAAGUCAUUGUUCUUCCUCUGUUAACCAUGGUUACCUGCAAGGAAACAUGUGCCGUCAUCAUUGCUUUGCACAAAAAGGGCUUCACAGGCAAGGAUAUUGCUGCUAGUAAGAUUGCACCUAAAUCAACCAUUUAUCGGAUCAUCAAGAACUUCAAGGAGAGAGGUUCAAUUGUUGUUGCCUUGUGAAGAAGGCAUCAGGGCGCCCAAUAAAGUCCAGCAAGCGCCAGGACCGUCUCCUAAAGUUGAUUCAGCUGCGGGAUCGGGGCACCACCAGUGCAGAGCUUGCUCAGGAAUGGAAGCAGGCAGGUGUAAGUGCAUCUGCACGCACAGUGAGGCGAAGACUUAUGUAGGAUGGCCUGGUGUCAAGAAGGGCAGUGAGGAAGCCACUUCUCUCCAGGAAAAACAUCAGGGACAGACUGAUAUUUUGCAAAAGGUACAGGGAUUGGACUGCUGAGGACUGGGGUAAAGUCAUUUUCUCUGAUGAAUCCCCUUUCCGAUUGUUUGGGGCAUCCGGAAAAAAGCUUGUCCGGAGAAGACAAGGUGAGCGCUACUAUCAGUCAUGUGUCAUGCCAACAGUAAAGCAUCCUGAGACCAUUCAUGUGUGGAGUUACUCCCUCAGCCAAGGGAGUGGGCUCACUCACAAUUUUGCCUAAGAACACAGCCAUGAAUAAAGAAUGGUACCAACACAUCCUCCGAGAGCAACUUCUCCCAACCAUCCAAGAACAGUUUGGUGACGAACAAUGCCUUUUCCAGCAUGAUGGAGCACCUUGCCAUAAGGCAAAAGUGAUAACUAAGUGGCUCGGGGAACAAAACAUCGACAUUUUGGGUCCAUGGCCAGGAAACUCCCCAGACCUUAAUCCCAUUGAGAACUCGUGGUCAAUCCUCAAGAGGCGGGUGGACAAACAAAAACCCACAAAUUCUGCCAAACUCCAAGCAUUGAUUAUGCAAGAAUGGGCUGCCAUCAGUGAGGAUGUGGCCCAGAAGUUAAUUGCAGAGGUCUUGAAAAAACUUAAUGUAAUUGUCAAUAAAAGCCUUUGACACUUAUGUAAUGCUUGUAUUUAUACUUUAGUAUACCAUAGUAACAUCUGACAAAAAUAUCUAAAAACACUGAAGCAGCAAACUUUGUGAAGACCAAUACUUGUCAUUCUCAAAACUUUUGACCAUGACUGUAUAUUCUUCAACAAUCAAUGGGUACAUAUCGUUAAUUUAUAAGUCCAGAAAUGGAUGUAGGAAGUGCAGAUUACCCCUUUACGUCAAAUAGUAUAUCCCCAGUGUCCACAUUGUAUAUGUGAAGGAUAGUAGUGUUCAGUCCAUGGCACAUCCAAAUGUCUAAAAGCUGCCCCCAUAUUGAAACUAUCAGAUGCACAUUACUACCAGCACUUAAUUUUGCGUUCACCAAGACAGUAGUUUUGCUUUUGAUACUCAUGUAAUUAUACUUUUAAAACAUUAUUUACUUACUUUUAAAUAUUCCUUUGGAUUCUUGCCAAACUGAAUACUCUCAGAGAAUCUCUGCGUUCUGUGCGCUGAAUAGAACAGAGGUGUUGGAAUCUAAACUUUUUGAAUUAGGAGAUGAAACAACCACCACAAUCCAGGGUCCAAUUUAAUGAACUGAACUUUAUUCUUAGUCUGCGGAGAUGAAGGUUUGAAAUCUUCACAUGCUCAACAAAACCAAAGCUUACAGUGCAAUUCAAAGAAAAACUCUCCUACACAUUAGGCAUAGUUCAAACAUGCUUUCUCCCUGUGCGGAAAUAAUGUUACUUUAAAGUUAUUUAGAUGUUUUGUUUGAACCUAGCCCAGCUCUCAGUUUAUACAGUGGGGAAAAAAAGUAUUUAGUCAGCCACCAAUUGUGCAAGUUCUCCCUCUUAAAAAGAUGAGAGAGGCCUGUAAUUUUCGUCAUAGGUACACGUCAACUAUGACAGACAAAAUGAGCAUUUUUUUUUCAGAAAAUCACAUUGUAGGAUUUUUAAUGAAUUGAUUUGCAAAUUAUGGUGGAAAAUAAGUAUUUGGUCACCUACAAACAAGCAAGAUUUCUGGCUCUCACAGACCUGUAACUUCUUCUUUAAGAGGCUCCUCUGUCCUCCACUCGUUACCUGUAUUAAUGGCACCUGUUUGAACUUGUUAUCAGUAUAAAAGACACCUGUCCACAACCUCAAACAGUCACACUCCAAACUCCACUAUGGCCAAGACCAAAGAGCUGUCAAAGGACACCAGAAACAACAUUGUAGACCUGCACCAGGCUGGGAAGACUGAAUCUGCAAUAGGUAAGCAGCUUGGUUUGAAGAAAUCAACUGUGGGAGCAAUUAUUAGGAUAUGGAAGACAUACAAGACCACUGAUAAUCUCCCUCGAUCUGGGGCUCCACGCAAGAUCUCACCCCGUGGGGUCAAAAUGAUCACAAGAACGGUGAGCAAAAAUCCCAGAACCACACGGGGGGACCUAGUGAAUGACCUGCAGAGAGCUGGCACCAAAGUAACAAAGCCUACCAUCAGUAACACACUACGCCGCCAGGGACUCAAAUCCUGCAGUGCCAGACGUGUCCCCCUGCUUAAGCCAGUACAUGUCCAGGCCCGUCUGAAGUUUGCUAGAGUGCAUUUGGAUGAUCCAGAAGAGGAUUGGGAGAAUGUCAUAUGGUCAGAUGAAACCAAAAUAGAACUUUUUGGUAAAAACUCAACUCGUCGUGUUUGGAGGACAAAGAAUGCUGAGUUGCAUCCAAAGAACACCAUACCUACUGUGAAGCAUGGGGGUGGAAACAUCAUGCUUUGGGGCUGUUUUUCUGCAAAGGGACCAGGACGACUGAUCCGUGUAAAGGAAAGAAUGAAUGGGGCCAUGUAUAGUGAGAUUUUGAGUGAAAACCUCCUUCCAUCAGCAAGGGCAUUGAAGAUGAAACGUGGCUGGGUCUUUCAGCAUGACAAUGAUCCCAAACACACCGCCCGGGCAACGAAGGAGUAGCUUCGUAAGAAGCAUUUCAAGGUCCUGGAGUGGCCUAGCCAGUCUCCAGAUCUCAACCCCAUAGAAAAUCUUUGGAGGGAGUUGAAAGUCCGUGUUGCCCAGCGACAGCCCCAAAACAUCACUGCUCUAGAGGAGAUCUGCAUGGAGGAAUGUGCCAAAAUACCAGCAACAGUGUGUGAAAACCUUGUGAAGACUUACAGAAAACGUUUGACCUGUGUCAUUGCCAACAAAGGGUAUAUAACAAAGUAUUGAGAAACUUUUGUUAUUGACCAAAUACUUAUUUUCCACCAUAAUUUGCAAAUAAAUUCAUAGAAAAUCCUACAAUGUGAUUUUCUGGAGAAAAAAAAAUCUCAUUUUGUCUGUCAUAGUUGACGUGAACCUAUGAUGAAAAUUACAGGCCUCUCUCAUCUUUUUAAGUGGGAGAACUUGCACAAUUGGUGGCUGACUAAAUACUUUUUUUCCCCACUGUAUAACCUGUACUUCUUACUGCAAUACUGCACUUUCCCCCCUCUUUCCUUUGUCUCCAGCAAUCUGUCUCACUGGCGGUUGGUGGUUGAUUGAUUGAGCUUAUUUAUUUGUUUCUCUGGAGUGGAGGAGGUACAGAGGUAUGGAUGAGGGGAACGGGAGGGCACCAGAGGUUUGGGUUCUUGCUGACGGGGCUCAUUUCUGUCCUAAGUGCUGUGGCAUCCCCCUCUCUAAAAACCUGGCCAACCGCCUCAGUGGGAGGGCAAAAAUAACACUGAUGAUUUCAUGAGUCAGCAAUACGACAGUGGGUUGAUUAUUGAAGAAGCCCGCCACUGGUUGGAAUGAUGUAUCGUACUACAAGUGAAGGGCCGCCCCUCGGCCUCAUUGACAAGUCCCACUUACUUCUUUUGAUAUUUGUUUUUCAAAGAAUUUCAUACUUUUUUAACCUUGUCUCAUCUUUUGUGGAUUCUUCUAAAGCUAAUCCAUUGUUUCAUUAAAAUAUGCUGUAUUAAACUCUACAUUUCCCAAAAUUGGGAUAACAGAAAAAUGAAAUUAUUAAUAGUAAGCAUUAUCAAUGAACAAAAUAUGUUUGUUAUUUCGAGGAUAACGAAAGGCUAGUGCAUGAAAUAUGUUUGGCUGUGCAGUAUACAAAAUGGAUGUUGUCCAAUCUAAAUACUGCUCAGGAAAGAAGAGACUAACGGUAUGCCAUGGUGUGUCGCCUGUACCUAUACUGAUAUGUCAAGGUCUAAUUGUUCCCUCUCUCCCUGAUCGCCUCUCGGGAAAGGAGAGAGAGAUGGGCGGGAUAGAGAUAGAGAGAGAUAUAGCUAGAGAGAGUUGAUGAUAUAUAAGUAUAUGCGUAUACGAUCUUCUCUCUCUCUCUCUCUCUCUCCUCUCUUUCUCUCUCUCUCUCCUCUCUCUUCUCUCUCUCUCUCUCUCUCUCUCUCUCUCUCUCUCUCUCUCUCGUCUCCCCCCCUCCCUCCUUCCCUCCCCCACCCCCCCCUUCCUUCUGAGUUGAGCCUGGCUGCAGCAAUUAGCUGGCUGCCCGAUGAGGAAAGUAAGGGCCGUAAUAAUCACAUUAGGAGACGGUGGGGAUGGAAUAAAAAAUCUGGCUCACGCAAGGCCAGGGCAUUCAUCUCUCCUAGCCCAUGAUCAAUGAAUGAAAUGAAAGUUGAAUGGUGCCAAAUGGAUGGUGUGUUAUCUUCACUUCUCUAUUGGCGAAAUCAGAGCAGGAUGGAAAGUUGGUCCUGUGUAGUGUACAGUAACUGAAUUAGUAAAUUAAUGAUUUGUUAUUGUUUGUGUAAUUGGUGUUUAGCAGUACAACUGGUUACAUUAGCUGCAGGGGUCGUGUCCAUAGAAGUCGGUGACAGUGGUUGAAGGAUGGGGGUACAAUUGUAGAGAUAUGGUAGAUGUGACUAUAGCAGUAUAGCUUGUAAAUACUUAAUGAAGACAUAUCUACUUUUUAGAGCUAGUCACCUCAAGAGAUGUAAUAUUUAUAUGCUCUAUAUCGAUCAACCAACAAUGCCUUCAUUCAUCACCCUGAAUUGCUUUGUAACUUUUUCCUGUCUGUUAGAGAUGAGCUGAUGGAAGUAUAGGGUAGUACUGAGCAAUUUAGUGCUUUUUGAAGUUGUUUCAAUUAGAAAAUAAUCACGGUUUUCGGUUUAGAUUAUUUGCGUUGAAUGCUGUAACACAGAAUAAAACAAUUAAUAAAAGUCCCAUGAUGGUAGUGACUGCCAUUACUACUUAUCACAUAUUACCCAUCAGUGAUUCACAUUACUUUAAUUUAAUAAAAUAUUUCAGUUGUGUUUUAUUUGAUGACUUUAUUAUUUCAUUCCAAAUUAUCAUCUCAUCUUUAUAGAGGUGCUGCCUAUGCUGUCUGACUAAAUCACUAUUUUAGUAGUUCUUCAAAGUAAAUAAGACAUACUUUUAUGACUGCUGAAUACCAACUAUCAAUCACUUAGAUUAUGUAUUUUCAGGUAGAGAUACCUUGCGAAGCAACAGCUGCUCUCUAUAUCCCCUCAUGAUCUUGCGUUCUUCUGUCUCUUCCGUAGCGGGCGUAAAAGAAAAACAGACCGGACAAGUAGAAUCGCAAUGGAUUAUGCUCAUUGUAGUGAAUUACCACGUUUUAUGGGCUAAACUAUGUAGAAUAUUGGCCUGUUGGAAACUACAACUCCCUACUACGUCAUUGAACAGUUCAGGUUGGAUCUGAUUUAUCUCUAGAGAAACUGCGCUUUGAGCUCACAGGAAAAAAAUUGAAUUCAAAUAAUUAAACCGACGUCGUCAAUUAGUUGUUUAAAAAUGGAAAAUUAACCUCAUUUUCAGUUAAUCGCCCAGCACUACUAUAGGGUAAUGAAAGUUCACAGUAGAGUAUACAGCCCAUGUCUCUCACUCUCUCUUAGACUGUCUUUUUUAAUUUCUCUUUGGUUUGCUAAUAACCUCCGGCAUCUUGUGGACACCUAAAAAGGCCAUCCUCUGACCCAUCCCUCUUCCUUUUCUCUCUGACAGAGGACCAUCUGUAUUGUUUUAUUCAUGCCCAUGGCUGAAGGCUCUAAUAUUUCCACCUCCAUUCCUGUGUCUGACAUAAUCACAAUCACCAUUUAUCAUAGUUAUGCUCGUAUUAUUCUGAUCAGGAAUCAGUCAAGUAGUGUGAAUUCUAGAACAGUAGAAUAAAGCCAAAGCGACGAAGGGCUGUUCUGUAUUAUACUCUACUUUUGAAUGUUAUUGUUCCCAAAGUUAGGGCUGUGAUGGUCAUGCAAUUUUGGGAGACUGUUAUUUGUCAACCAAAUGACCAUGGUCACUGUCAAUGUUGCCUGUCAUUUUUUUCGUCUCUGAGCAAAUUUCAGGUCUGCUGAGCGCAAGCUUGAACGUUGUGAAAAUUCUGUGCAACUUCCAGCGCGCGUUUACUGUGACCAUUGAGGCUGUACCCGCUUUAAGUUACAGUUUUACCAGUGGCCAAGUAGGCUAUUGUGGCUAUUUUGAUCAUAAUGUAGGCCUACCAGAGUGGCCUACAAUAGAAAAUGCAUCCCAUAACAUUUUAACACGGUUAUUGUAUUUUGAUGACGGUCGUCAUCCAUAAUUGUCGGUUACACGAAUAUACAGUUGCCCUACCUAAAAUGCUAUUCUGCAAGGUUAUUAAAAUGCUUGAAUGAAAUUAAUACAUGAAAGUGAACAAUGUUUAAGGAUUUAUUUAACAUCCUGACUAUUAUGAGUUGGGUCUGAGUUGGCAACCUCAAUGUUAAGUGAAUUACGAGCAGACUAAUUUUUUAUUUAUUUUUUAUUUCACCUUUAUUUAACCAGGUAAGCCAGUUGAGAACAGGUUCUCAUUUACAACUGCGACCUGGCCAAGAUAAAGCAAAGUAGUGCAAUAAAAACAACACAGAGUUACAUAUGGGGUAAAAAACAUAAAGUCAGAAAUACAACAGAAAAUAUAUAUACAGUGUGUGCAAAUGUAGCAAGUUAUGGAGGUAAGGCAAUAAAUAGGCUAUAGUGCAGAAUAAUUACAAUAGUAUUAACACUGGAAUGCUAGAUGUGCAAGAGAUUAUGUGCAAAUAGAGAUACUGGGGUGCAAAAGAGCAAAAUAAAUAACAAUAUAGGGAUGAGGUAGUUGGGUGGGCUAAUUUCAGAUGGGCUGUGUACAGGUGCAGUGAUCGGUAAGGUGCUCUGACAACUGAUGCUUAAAGUUAUUGAGGGAGAUAAGAGUCUCCAGCUUCAGAGAUUUUUGCAAUUCGUUCCAGUCAUUGGCAGCAGAGAACUGGAAGGAAUGGCGGCCAAAGGAGGUGUUGGCUUUGGGAAUGACCAGUGAGAUACCUGCUGGAGCGCAGACUACGGGUGGGUGCUGCUAUGGUGACCAAUGAGCUAAGAUAAGGCGGGGAUUUGCCUAGCAGUGAUUUAAAGAUGGCCUGGAGCCAGUGGGUUUGACGACGAACAUGUAGUAAGGACCAGCCAACAAGAGCGUACAGGUCACAGUGGUGGGUAGUGUAUGGGGCUUUGGAGACAAAACGGAUGGCACUGUGAUAGACUACAUCCAAUUUGCUGAGUAGAGUGUUGGAGGCUAUUUUGUAAAUUACAUCGCCGAAGUCAAGGAUCGGUAGGAUAGUCAGUUUUACGAGGGCAUGUUUGGCAGCAUGAGUGAAGGAGGCUUUAUUGCGAAAUAGGAAGCCGAUUCUAGAUUUAACUUUGGAUUGGAGAUUCUUUAUGUGAGUCUGGAAGUUGAGUUUACAGUCUAACCAGACACCUAGGUAUUUGUAGUUGUCCACAUACUCUAGGUCAGACCCUUCGAGAGUGGUGAUUCUAGUCGGGUGGGCGGGUGCCAGCAGCGUUCGAUUGAAAAUGGAGCUAAUGGAGCUAUACACCUGCAUACAAAUGAUACGGAGUGAAUGUACUCUUGGCCCACUUCAUUUAAGUGCAGUUGAUUUGAUUUAUGCUUUACUCCAAGUCUCCAAUACAAAUGAUUUGAGCAUGUUUAAUUUGUGUAAAUUAUUACCUGUGGUUUCUUACUACCACAGGAGUCACUAUUAGCCUGUUAUUGUGUUAUUGUAAAAUAUAUACAACACAUAGUCUUGAAAGGUGCUACUUUUAGUUAUGUUUUGUCUACCUGUGCAACUUGUAGUAGCAGCAGUAGUAGCAGCAGUAGCAGUAGUAGUAGUAUUAGCAGUAGUAGUAGUAUUAGCAGUAGUAGCAGUAGUAGUAUUAGCAGUAUUAGCAGUAGUAGUAUUAGCAGUAGUAGCAGUAGUAGUAGUAGUAGCAGUAGUAGUAGUUAGUUUAUUGUUCAUGAUGGGAAAUGUAUUGAUUCAUUAAUAUGCGUCUUAUAUCACAUGCACACUUUGUCAUAACACCUUCCUUUUCUCGCCUUCCUCUCAUAUCUCUCUCCCUCCUCUCUCUCCCUCCCUCUCGCUCACUCUCCCCACAGAGGAGGGCUACGAACAGUUCCGCGUGGCAGAGAAGUCCCAUGGUAACUGGGUGAAGCUGGUGGUGGAGGGCAACACGUCAGAGGUGCUGACCAACAUGGGGAAGAAGGUGCUCAAGCAAUACCUGGAGGCCCUCAGGGCCAUGAGCGCAGCCCUCAGCAAGCAGCUGGGCAAAUACGACAUGUAUUCCAUGGUGGUGGGCAUGGUCCUCGUCUUCCAGGUGGGUAGUGGGGUGUUGCCCCUAGAUGCUUGUCAGUUUGGCAUUUUCCUUACGAAUGGCUAAGGUUAGGAUUGAGGGGAACCUGAUCCUAGAUCUGUACCCAGGGGAAACUGCACCCCGGAGCAGGGAGUGGGCCAAGGAUCAGGGGCAGGAACUUACACAAUGAGGGUGGUGGUGGUGGUGGUGGUGGUGGUGAUGAUGAUGAUGAUGAUGAUGGUGAUGUAGUGGGUAAUAUCUUGUAUAUAUACCUCACAUGCGACCCGUAAUAACACUAUGCAAUUUGUAUAUUAAUAAAGUCUAUUAAAAUAUUAUCUGACUAGCAAUGUGCAAGCAGGACUGUUGUUGAGUUACAGGAAAAUACUAUCAAGAAAUUGUCUAGGAGCUUCCAAUCUGAUAUCAGACCUAAAGGAUGUCAUCACAACAGCUACCCAGAGGUGUGACAGAAUGGGAGUUGUUGAGAGCAACACAGACAAUUCAGUAUUCCUGAGAAACACAAUAGAAUCCUUGAAUACGGUGUUGUCAGAGUCAUGUCUGGGGCUGGGCCCAUCAUCAUGAUGAGGAACACUUUUCUACAUUAUUCUUACACCAUCCCAUGCAUAUAUACAGUUUGUGACCAUGGUGGGAUAUUGCUGAUGGUUUAUAUAUUUAAUGGUAUUAGCCUAAAUAAGCACUUAGCAUUCUAAACUGUUGUGAUGUGGUACAAACAUCCAUAAAGAUCCCACAUCCAAAUAUGAGCAUUUUAAGAUGCCAAUUCUGCUCCUGAAGAGACCCACAAUCUAGACUAGGCAUACUCAUAGAACGCAAUCAAUAUUAAUGAAAAAAAUGUUGAUAUAAGGCUUGACUUUAUUAAAGCCCAUGGUUUACAUAGACUUUACAGAGUGUUGAAAUAGCCUUCAAUUAUAAAAAUGACCUUGAGCUAGUGUGAGAAGAAUUCGACAGUUGGAACAGAUCUCUACUGCUCUUUGUUGAGCAAGCAUUUCUCAAAGUAAACUUUUUCUGGGGCCGAAGGGGCUCGCAGUAACUGCACAACUUUACAACAUUCCUUGGCUUGUACAACGAAUCUACCAUGUGAACGAUAUUGGAUGGGGCAAUUCCCCUGCGUUCCCUUCAAAACAAAGCUAAAUCUGCCGUGCUGACUGUUGCAGUCAAAACUAAUGUUCAUUUCAAUGUGUUUUGAUCAUUUCAUCUUGGAGAAGAGGCAAAAAGUUCAUUUGGCGGUAAAAGCGGAAACAAUCACAGAACGUGUUGGCAUAUGCUCACUUAAGUUCGUUGUGUAAGGGUUUGACUUAACGUAGGACUGUUUUGGAUCAUUGGUAGAGCUGAGAUAUUUACUUAUUGUUUUUAUAGAAUAUACAGUAUGUUAUAACCUCAUGGGUUUAGAAUAGGGCUUGAACUGCCAGAAACUUCACGAUAUUAUCACCAUACUUAGGUGUCGAUACGAUAAUGUAUUGCGAUUCUCACGAUUCUAAAUGUAUUGCCAUUCGAUAUUGCGAUUUGAUGUUCCCAACAUAUUGCUCACCAUAUGUCUGCUGCAGAGAUCCAUGAGAAAACAAGUUUUGAUCAGUCAUGGAGAUAAAAGUCCUGAAAACAUGUUGGCUCACUCUUUAAAAAGAAGAUGGAGAACAAGCUAUAGGAUGAAAAAUACCAGAGUUUUGGCGCAGGUACAGCCGCCUAGCGCUAGCUUUUACAAAUCAAUAUUUUGAGUCAAAGUAUCGAUAUAAUAUCGUCCAAAAUAAUAUUGCGAUAUGUAACUAUAUACUUUUUUAACGCUUUCAUCCGCUUUUAGAAUUUGCUUAACAACAGUAAAUACUAUACUCACAAGUCAUUAUUCCAGUUUGUUUGUUUGUUUGUUUGUUUUUUCCAUUUGAAUUCACCGGCUUUGCUGUCAUGCUCACGCUUUUAGACUGUUUCCCUACAAGUUAUUUAUUUCUUAUCAGAGAUAAAAUGCUAAUUCCAGCAUGACAUGGAAUGCUCUGUAUAGACUCCCCAGUGAGCAUUAUUGGGAGCUGUGGGGAAAGUUGACAAAAAUAUCCCAAACUCUGAAUAGAAACUAAGAAGUGUCCCUCAGAGGUGACUGCCUCCCAUCAGGAAAAAAUAAGUGAAAGAUGUGAAGAGAGAGAAAAGAGGCUGUUUUCAAAAGAAAAAGUUGGACUUGUCAGCAUUUUGUCACAGUCAAUACUCAAGGACAAAGCAACUAGUCAUCUUUCCAGUGCACCGUCCCUGAUAGAUUUAGUCAGUUGAGAGGUGAAGAGAAAGGGAACUACGUAAGCAAAGGACAUGGAACACGUGUCUCUCUGGUGUUUACUUUGAAAAGAAAGAGCUUGCAUAUUUACUUCCAAGAUGGCACAUUCAAAGGUUCCAGUUGAAAGACUUCAGUCAAGCCAAAUGCAAAUAUGGAGAAGCACACAAAUGACUCUAGCUUUGACGCAAUCCAAGCCACAUCCACCACGGAUCGACAAAUGUCUGUUCUCUGUACCCACAUGCUCUACGUGCGGUCCCUUGACUCCAGUGUUACCUCAUAGCUUGCCCAUCUAUCCAUCCAUCUCUUUCUAUCUGCUGUUUCCUUUACUGUUUGACUCAUACAACAGUUGCAACGACAGAGAUGAGCUUGGUCUGUCCGGUGCUGGUGCUGUAUGUGCAUGCAUAUGUGAACACACCAUGUGAGUCUGUUUUUACUUAAUUCCAUGAUUUACUGAGUGUGUGCAUUCCUUGUUCUCUCUCCAGCUCCUUCUCCUCCUGCUGCUGGCCAUGCCCGAGGCACUGAGCAGCGCCUCAGAGGUGGAUCUCCCUGUGUCCUCUGCGCUGCUCUCGCUUCCCUUCUACCUGCUGUGCCUGCUCCUCUCCUCCGUGCACGUGCUGGUGUGCACGUCGGCCGAGAGCUCCUGUUACUUCUGCAGCCUCUCCUGGGGCCUGGUGUUCGGGGCAGUGGCCCUCUCCUCAGCCCUGCUCUGCAUCCUGAUCUCUAUGGCAGCCAGGAGGGGAGCAAAGCCCCCUGGGAAGGUGAGUCAUCUUGUGAAGACUGGUCAUACUUUACGCUGUUUUCCUUGUGUGUAUUAAAAACAACCUAGUAGUUAAUGGUAGUAGUUACAUUUUGGGUUCUUUUGAAGUAAUUGAAACAAGCACCUCUUAACCAUUUCAUAACAGCGUAUCGUAACAGUGUCUUUCACUUACAUUUCUCUUACAUUUAAAUUAGACCACUUUCGGGUCUGAAAACGUGCAUUGUCUUCUCUGACCCUCCCCAACCAUAGCAGCCUAUUCCCUGCCUUCGGCAUUACAUUUACAUUUACGUCAUUUAGCAGACGCUCUUAUCCAGAGCGACUUACAAAUUGGUGCAUUCACCUUAUCAUCAUUGCAAAACAAGAGCAUGUUGAUAAAAAAGGCACCCAUUGAGACAAAAGGUCUUCGAAAUUACACUGGCCUUUCUUUGUAAUGACUUAUUUCUGUCCCUGCAAGUCUUACUUAUGAAACCAGUGGACCAAACAGUUUUUUAUUUAUUUAAAAAUGGCACCUCGAGCAUUCAACAAAAAGAGAGAGUUCAUUUGCCCUUUCUAGAUAAAGGCAGAACAAGUUUUAAAGACAAACCUGUUUUUUUCUCCAUCUAAUGAGAUUAGAAAGUCACCAGUGUCACCAAGCUUUCUUAAUUACAGUAUGUCUGAAGAAGUGGCCUCUUCUGUCUCCCUUCUGGGAACUAACAGAAAGUGCUGACAGAGGAAAAGAACGGCGAGAGAGAGAAAAGGGGUUUUCGAUCGUAAGGCUCAUAAGUGAGUCUGUUACAGAGAAAAAACUAGUCCUUCUCAUGCAUCUAAAUAAAGAGCUGGAGGGAAGAUCUCAUCUUGUUUGUUGAGGUUGAGGUUGUGUUGUGCAGUGGAACAUAACGAGUCUGACAUGCAUUGAUCACUGCAGUUAUGUUCUCUCCAUACAGUCUGACAUGCAUUGAUCACUGCAGUUAUGUUCUUCUCUCCAUAGAGUAUGAGUCUUGUUUAUGUUAUUUGGGGUUAGGGUUGCCUAACCAGAUGUCAGAAGCACUUUUUUAACGUUUGAAAUCUUUUGCUAAGAGGACAUCUUGUGUGUUGGGCUCUCCUUUAGCUGGAUGAUGUGUCCAAUGAUGCUGUCUGUGUCCAAGAGACCAUCACAUACUGGAGCUAUGUACUAACAAUGACAAUGUUUCUACUUCAACUGAUUAUAUAUAAUAUUGUGUUUUGUUGAUGGUGGUGGAAAACGCUGUCUCACACGCUGCUCCAGAAUCUCCCAUAAGUGUUCAUUUGGGUUGAGAGCUGAUGACUGAGAGACACAGACACAUACUUUAAACCCCCUAUGCUCCUUUGAGAUCCCUCUUUCAAAGUCACUGAGAUCUAGCCAUGGUAGCCAAAAUAAUGGUCAACUGGGCGUUUUUAUACAGCACCCUAAGCAUGUUAAUUGCUUAAUUAACUCAGGAACCACACCUGUGUGGAAGCAUCUGCUUUCAAUAUACUUUGUAUCCCUCAUUUACUCAAGUGUUUCCUUUAUUAUGGCAGUUACCUUUAGGUCAUACUGUAUAUCAAUGUUUCCCAUCUCCGGUCCUCCAGUACCCCCAACAGCCCAACUCCGGUCCUCCAGUACCCCCAACAGCCCAUCUCCGGUCCUCCAGUACCCCCAACAGCCCAUCUCCAGUCCUCCAGUACCCCCAACAACCCAACUCCGGUCCUCCAGUACCCCCAACAGCCCAUCUCCGGUCCUCCAGUACCCCCAACAGCCCAACUCCGGUCCUCCAGUACCCCCAACAGCCCAACUCCGGUCCUCCAGUACCCCCAACAGCCCAACUCCGGUCCUCCAGUAUCCCCAACAGCCCAUCUCCAGUCCUCCAGUACCCCCAACAACCCAUCUUCCAGUACCACCAACAGCCCAACUCCGGUACCCCCAACAACCCAUCUCCAGUCCUCCCGUACACCCAACAGCCCAUCUCCAGUCCUCCCGUAUCCCCAACAACCCAUCUCCAGUCCUCCAGUACCCACAACAACCCAUCUCCAGUCCUCCAGUACCCCCAACAACCCAUCUCCAGUCCUCCAGUACCCCCAACAGCCCAUCUCCAGUCCUCCAGUACCCCCAACAGCCCACAAUUUUGCCCUGGACAAAAACAACCGAUUCAACUUGUCAAAGGCUUGAUGAUUAUUUGACAAGUAGAAUCAGGUGUGCUUGUCCAGGGCCAAAACAAAAAGAGAAACACUGCUGUAUAUUAUAGGAAGUUUGAUUGAACACAGAAUGUUCAUAAUUUACUCAAAUUAUUCUGUGUUAAACACCUUUAUUCUCAAUACCUCACUUUGGGAAUUAAUAUCUGAUGCCGCCUGAUCAAUUUGUUUUGUCAUCCUGAUUAAAGACCGAGUUCACUCUCCGUUCUUUCAAUCAUCGUACACUACAUGACCAAAAGUAUGUGGACACCUGCUCAUUGAAUAUCUCAUUCCAAAAUCAUGGGCAUUAAUAUGCAGUUGGUCCCCUCAUUUGCUGCUAAAACAGCCUCCACUCUUCUGGGAAGGCGUUCCACUAAUGUUGGAACAUUGCUGCAGGGUCUUGCUUCCAUUCAGCCACGAGCAUUAGUGAGGUUGGGCACUGGCUCGCAGUCAGCGUUCCAAUUCAUCCCAAAGGUGUUCAAUGGGGUUGAGGUCAGGGCUCUGUGCAGGCCAGUCAAGUUCUUCCACACCGAUCUCGAAAAAAACAUUUCUGUGUGGACCUCGCUUUGUGCAUGUAGGCAUUGUCAUACUGAAACAGGAAAGGGCCUUCCCCAAACUGUUGCAAGCACAGAAUUGUCUAGAAUGUCAUUGUAUGCUGUAGCGUUUAAAUUUCUCUUCACUGGAACUAAGGAGCCUGAACCAUGAAAACAGCCCCAGACCAGUUGGCACUAUGCAUUCAGGCAGGUAGCGUUCUCCAGGCAUCCGCCAAACCCAGAUUCGUGAUGGUGAAGCGUGAUUCAUCACUUCAGAGAACACGUUUCCACUGCCCCAGAGUCCAAUGGCAGCGAGCUUUACGCUAUUCCAGCCGACCCUUGGCAUUGCGCAUGGUGAUCUUAGGCUUGUGUGCAGCUGCUCGGCCAUGGAAACCUAUUUCAUGAAGCUCCCGACAAACAGUUUUUGUGCUGAUGUUGCUUCCAGAGGCAGUUUGGAACUCGGUAGUGAGUGUUGCAACUGAGGACAGACAAUUUUUGCGCGACACGCUUCAGCACUCGGCGGUCCCGUUCUGCGUUUGACCCAUUGUUGCUCCUAGACUUUUCCACUUCACAAAAACAGCACUUACAGUUGGCCGGGGCAGCUCUAGCAGGGCAGAAAUGUGACAAUCUGACUUGUUGGAAAGGUGGCAUCCUAUGACGGUGCCACAUUGAAAGUCACUGAGCUCUUCAGUAAGGCCAUUCUACUGCCAAUGUUUGUCUAUGGAGAUUUCAUGGCUGUGUGCUCGAUUUUAUACACCUGUCAGCAACCGGUGUGGCUGAAGUAGCCGAAUCCACUCAUUUGAAGUGGUGUCCACAUAGUUUUGUAUAUAUAGUGUAUGUUUUGAUUAUUUGAUUCAUUCAAUGCUCUCCCACUAGAUGCAUUAGCGCAGUCAAUAAUUAGAACAUGCCUCAUUCAUAUUGGAGUCCCGAAAAAGCAUUAGCAGGAAAUGAUUUACAUGGCUCGUUUGAACUUCACAAACAACUGACGGUAACAAAAAAUUAAAAUUGGCGGGGAACAAGGCAUCGCUUCUGAUAAGUUGACUUUGUGUCUGUCUCAGCAUGCCGAAGGUGGGAGAGAAGGGAGCCUUGCGGGGUUCCUUUUCUGUGACAAACCCAGACGGUCUGGCAAAAAGGUAGAGAUAAAGGCUGUUUCCCAAAUGGCACUCUAUUCCCUGUAAUAGUGCCCUAUGGACCCUGGUCAAAAGCAGUGCACUAUAUAGGGGAUAGGGAGCCAUUAAGGACUCAAGCAAAGACUUGUGUGACGGUGCAUAAACACAAACUGCCCUCUGGAUGAUAAACACGUAUUAUGAUCAAAUGGGAUCUCCAGCAGUGUGCCAGUCUGUUAUUGGAUUAUAGAUAAAUAGAUACAGUGCAUUCGGAAAGUAUUAAGACCCCUUGACUUUUUCCACAUUUUGUGUUACAGCCUUAUUCUAAAAUGAAUUAAAUCAAACAUUUUCCUCAUCAAUCUACACACAGAACCCCAUAUUGACAAAGCAAAAACAGGUUUUUAUUACAAAUAAAAAACAGAUACCUUAUUUACUUAAGUAUUCAGACCCCUUGCUAUGAGACUCGAAAUUGAGCUCAAAUCAAAUCAAAUGUUAUUGGCCACAUGCGCCGAAUACAACAGGUGCAGACAUUACAGUGAAAUGCUUACUUACAGCCCUUAACCAACAGUGCAUUUAUUUUAAAUAAAAAAAGUAAAAUAAAACAACAACAAAAAAGUGUUGAGAAAAAAAGAGCAGAAGUAAAAUAAAAUAGUAGGGAGGCUAUAUAUACAGGGGGGUACCGGUGCAGAGUCAAUGUGCGGGGGCACCGGCUAGUUGAGGUAGUUGAAGUAAUAUGUACAUGUAGGUAGAGUUAAAGUGACUAUGCAUAAAUAAUUAACAGAGUAGCAGCAGCGUAAAAAGAUGGGGUGGGGGGUGGGGGGUGGGGGUGGGGGACAGUGCAAAUAGUCCGGGUAGCCAUGAUUAGCUGUGUCUUAUGGCUUGGGGGUAGAAGCUGUUGAGAAGUCUUUUGGACCUAGACUUGGCACUCCGGUACUGCUUGCCGUACGGUAGCAGAGAGAACAGUCUAUGACUAGGGUGGCUGGAGUCUUUGACAAUUUUGAGGGCCUUCCUCUGACACCGCCUAGUAUAGAGGUCCUGGAUGGCAGGAAGCUUGACCCCAGUGAUGUACUGGGCCGUACGCACUACCCUCUGUAGUGCCUUGCGGUCGGAGGCCAAGCAGUUGCCAUACCAGGCGGUGAUGCAACCAGUCAGAAUGCUCUCGAUGGUGCAGCUGUAGAAGUUUUUGAGGAUCUGAGGACCCAUGCCAAAUCUUUUCAGUCUCCUGAGGGGGAAUAGGCUUUGUCGUGCCCUCUUCACGACUGUCUUGGUGUGUUUGGACCAUGAUAGUUCGUUGGUGAUGUGUACACCAAGGAACUUGAAGCUCUCAACCUGUUCCAUUACAGCCCCGUCGAUGAGAAUGGGGGCGUGCUCAGUCCUCUUUUUUUUCCCUGUAGUCCACAAUCAUCUCCUUUGUCUUGGUCACGUUGAGGGAGAGGUUGUUAUCCUGGCACCACACGGCCAGGUCUCUGACCUCCUCCCUAUAGGCUGUCUCAUCGUUGUCGGUGAUCAGGCCUACCACUGUGGUGUCGUCGGCAAACUUAAUGAUGGUGUUGGAGUCGUGCCUGGCCAUGCAGUCAUGGGUGAACAGGGAGUACAGGAGGGGACUGAGCACGCACCCCUGAGGGGCCCCUGUGUAGAGGAUCAGUGUGGCAGAUGUGUUGUUACCUACCCUUGCUCAGGUGCAUCCUGUUUCCAUUGAUCAUCCUUGAGAUGUUUCUACAACUUGAUUGGAGUCCAGCAGUGGUAAAUUCAAUUGAUUGGACAUGAUUUGGGAAGGCACACAUCUGUCUAUAUGAGGUCCCACAGUUGACAAUGCAUGUCAGAGCAAAAACCAAGCCAAGAGGUCGAAGUAAUUGUCUGUAGAGCUCCGAGACAGGAUUGUGUCGAGGCACAGAUCUGGGGAAUGGUACCAAAAAAUGUCUUCAGCAUUGAAGGUCCCCAAGAACACAGUGGCCUCCAUGAUUCUUAAAUGGAACCACCAAGACUCUUCCUAGAGCUGGCCGCCCGGCCAAACUGAGCAAUCGGGGGAGAAGGGCCUUGGUCAGGGAGGUGACCAAGAACCCGAUGGUCCCUCUGACAGAGCUCCAGAGUUCCUCUGUGGAGAUGAGAGAACCUUCCAGAAGGACAAACAUCUCUGCAACAAUCAGGCAUUUAUGGUAGUGGCCAGACAGAAGCCACUCCUCAGUAAAAGGCACAUGACAGCCUGCUUGGAGUUUGCCAAAAGGCACCUAAAGACUCUCAGACCAUGAGAAACAAAAUUCUCUGGUCUGAUGAAACCAAGAUUGAACUCUUUGGCCUAAAUGCGAAGCGUCACAUCUGGAGGAAACCUGGCACCAUCCCUACGGUGAAGCAUGAUGGUGGCAGCAUAAUGCUGUGGGUGUUAUUUUCAGUGGCAGGGACUUGGUGACUAGUCAGGAUCGAAGGAAAGAUGAACGGAGCAAAGUACAGAGAGAUCCUUGAUGAAAACCUGCUCCAGAGUGCUCAAGACAUCAGACUGGGGCGAAUGUUCACCUUCCAACAGGACAACGACCCUAAGCACACAGCCAAGACAACGCAGGAGUGGCUUCGGGACAAGUCUCUGAAUGUAUUUGAGUGGCCCAGCCAGAGUCCGGACAUGAACCCGAUUCGAACAUCUCUGGAGCGACACUCCCCAUCCAACCUGACAGCUUGAGAGGAUCUGUAGAGAAGAUUGGGAGAAACUCCCCAAAUACAGGUGUGCUAAGCUUGUAGCGUCAUACCCAAGAAGACUCGUGGCUGUAAUCGCUGCCAAAGGUGCUUCAACCUGUUUUUGCUUUGUCAUUAUGGGAUAUUGUGUGUAGAUUAAUAAGGGGGGGGAAAAAACAAUUUCAUCCAUUUUAGAAUAUGGCUGUAACAUAAAAAAUGUGGAAAAAGUCAAGGAGUCUGAAUACUUUCCGAAUGCACUGUACAUACACUGAGGAUACAAAACAUUAGGAACCCCUGCUUUUUCCAUGACAUAGACUGACCAGGUGAAAGCUAUGAUCCCUUAUUGAUGUCACUUGUUAAACACACUUCAAUCAGUGUAGAUUAAUGGAGGAAACAGGUUAAAGAAGGAUUUUUAAGCCUUGAGACAAUUGAGACAUAGAUUGUGUAUCAAAUCAAAUUGUAUUUGUCACUUUUUUUAAUUUUUUAUAUUAUCUUUAUUUAACUAGGCAAGUCAGUUAAGAACAAAUUCUUAUUUCCAAUGACGGCCUAAACGGGCCAAACCCGGAGGACGCCUUCUGUCCUGCACACAACUGGAUACAUGGAAAGUGAUCAAUGCACCUUACAUUUACACGUACACUACUGUUCAAAAGUUUGGGGUCACUUAGAAAUGUCCUUGUUUCCGAAAGAAAAGCAAUUUUUUUGUCCAUUAAAAUAACAUGUAUUUGUCCUCUUGCUCAGUUGUGCACUGGGGCCUCCCACUCCUCUUUCUAUUCUGGUUAGAGCCAGUUUGCGCUGUUCUGUGAAGUCAGUAGUACACAGCGUUGUACAAGAUCUUCAGUUUCUUGGCAAUUUCUCGCAUGGAAUAGCCUUCAUUUCUCAGAACAAGAAUAGUCUGACGCGUUUGAGAAGAAAGUUAUUUGUUUCUGGCCAUUUUGAUUCUGUAAUCGAACCCACAAUUGCUGAUGCUCCAGAUACUCAACUAGGCUCAAGAAGGCCAGUUUUAUUGCUUCUUUAAUCAGCACAACAGUUUUCAGCUGUGCUAACAUAAUUGCAAAAGGGUUUUCUAAUGAUCAAUUAGCCUUUUUAAAUGAUAAACUUGGAUUAGCAAACACAAUGUGCCAUUGGAACACAGGACUGAUGGUUGCUGAUAAUGGGUCUCUGUACGCCUAUUUAGAUAUUCCAUUAAACAUCAGCCGUUUCCAGCUACAAUAGCCAUUUACAACAUUAACAAUGUCUACACUGUAUUUCUGAUCAAUUUUAUGUUAUUUUGAUGGAUAAAAAAAAUAGCUUUUCUUUCGAAAACAAGGACAUUUCUAAGUGACCCCAAACUUUUGAACGGUAGUGUACUUUUGGAGGGAGAGUGAGAGACGGAAAAUGAAUACUAUAAUGCAGAAAGUCAAUAGAUUUCAACAGUCAGUCAAUAGAUCUACUUUUGUGAGCUUGCCUUUUGACAUUAUUAAGAUGUUUGCCCUGAAGCACAGUACACACACUCUGUCCCUGUGCACUUACUUACUCUGUCAGGCUCUCCCUGAGUACUGAGUCAACAACAAGAUGGAGUUCACAGGACCAGGGGAAGUACUUUACAACUCAGUAUGGGGCGAAAACACAAACACACACACACUCAGGGUCACACACUCACACUCACUCGUAGUCCUAGAAUAGAAAAAUACUCUCUUAGUUGCAGUAGUUUUUUGCUUUCUAACAGCUCAGGGCAGGGUUUUGGGGAUGGCAUCCAAAUGCCUUCUCUUUAUAGGUUGUGGCGUCUGUGUUCCUGAUAUGUUAUUGUGUUAGAGGGACCUUGUCUAUACCAUCUCAGUCUCCAUUCACUUGUGUUACUCUAUAAAGGUUUAUAACUAGAAUAUGGAUCUGAUUUUAAUUACAUCAUUUAUCUUGAUCAUUUUGGCAAGUUUGGGUUACUCUGUAUUAAUUGUAUCGCUUUGAUGUGAAGUCAUCUCUAUUCUGUUUCCUUUCUUAAUUUGGCCAAUGUGUUUAUGUUUAAUUAGUUGUGUUUAGUAUAGGCCUGUGAGCAUAAUGUGAUAUUCUGUCUUUCUUUCCUUAUCUCCCUUCCUCCAUUCCUCUCUCCUUUCCUCUUCUUCCCCUAGUCUCCAUCCCAUGGUGGUGUCCGCGGUUGGUGGUCUCUGUCGGAGCUGGACGUUCUACUCCUGGCGGGCACGGCUGGCCACACCCUCAGCCUGUCGGCCAGCAGCUUCGUGGAGGAGGAGCACCAGGUCUGGUACUUUCUGCUCAACACCCUCUGCCUGGUCGUCUUCCAAGACGUCUGUCGCAAGUACUUCCGGGAGCACCGUGCUAACAUUGGGAGCUUGGAGGGCGAAGACUACCUCCUCCCCUCUAAUGAGGGGGACGCGGUUGCCUCACCGUUGGCUGAUUUGGGGGUGACGGACGCGGGUUCGGAGAGGUGGCUGGCCCUGGCGACCCCGCCGCUCACCCUGGCGUGUUGUCGUCUGCUGCGCUCGCUCAACCAGACCGGGGUGCAGUGGGCUCACCUGCCUGACCUGGGACACUGGCUCAACAGGUGGGUAUGCUGAAGUUUGAUACUAUGUAUUGUUGUGUUGUGUGUUACUUCACUCAGGAUGAAUGUUGCCAUAAGCAGAGCUCCAUACAAUACUAUAUAGUGCUAGUUGAAUAUAUUACAUUUUCUUCAUUUGAAGCAGUCUUUUUUAGUUUGCUUUUUGCCAGUUCAGAUCCUUUGGCCAAUUAAUUACAAUUCUGGGUACACACUCCAAACACUUUGCACCCCACUGCUUUGUAAGGCCAUCGUCAGUUUACAUCCCUGUUAGUGAGCAUUUCUCCUUGGCCAAGAUCAUCCAUCCACCUGACAGGUGUGGCAUAUCAAGAAGCUGAUUAAACAGCAUGAUCAUUACACAGUUGCACCUUGUGCUGGGGACAAGAAAAGGCCACUAAAAUGUUUUUUCACACAGCUCAAUGCCACAGAUGUCUCAAGUUUUGAGGGAGCGUGCAAUUGGCAUGCUGACUGCAGAAAUGUCCACCAGAGCUGUCGCCAGAGAAUUUAAUGUUCAUUUCUCUACCGUAAGCCGCCUCCAACUUCGUUUUAGAGAAUUUGGGAAUAUGUCCAACCGGCUUCACAACCGUAGGCCACGUGUAACCACGCCAGCCCAGGACCUCCACAUCCAGCUUCUUCACCUGCGGGAUCGUCUGAGACCAGCAACUCGGACAGCUGAUGAAACUGAGGAGUAUUUCUGUCUGUAAUAAAGCUCUUUUGUGGGGAAAAACGUAUUCUGAUUGGCUGGGUCUGGCUCCCCAGUGGGUGGUCCUUGCUCCCAAGUGGGUGGGCCUAUGCCAUCCAAGGCCCCUGCCCAGUCAUGUGAAAUCCAUAGAUUAGGGCCUAAUGAAUUUAUUUCAAUUGACUGAUUUCCUUAUAUGAACUGUGACUCAGUAAAAUCAUUGAAAUUGUUGCAUGCAUUUAUAUUUUUGUUCAGUAUAUAAAAGAAACAGCUCAUGGUAGCUAAUACUGUUCCAUAGGAUUCAACCUGGUCUUAGUCUGCCCGAGACAGCUCCUCAUCUGAUCCUUGUUUCCAACAUGAUUUCUCUCCUUUCUGUUAGACCUAUGGUCAUUUUCAUCUGGUUGUCUUAGCUGCAUCUUACUCACUCCCUCAGGAAUCAGGUUAACGUGCUUCAUUGUCUAGCCAUGUAUUGUAUCCACUCAGUCAUUCUUCCUCCUUGGAGCUCCCUCAAGGCUGCAGGACCGCCACACAGACAGAUGGCUAGUCCGGGCUGGUCUCCCAGUCUGAACCAGGGCCCAUUCCACCCCAUUAGAUCUGUGCUCUGGCCAAGAUUUUGUCCACAUGCUUAUGUAACUUAGUGGUAAACACCCAGGAAACGUACAUUUGAUGUAUAUGGUCAACCCUGGAAUGACUCUUCAGGUUAUGUCUUAAUGGUCCAAUGCAGCCGUUUUUAUCUCAAUAUCAAAUCUGAAGUACCUUACUGUGAUUGUUUUCAAUUAAAUGGUCAAAAAUAAACAAAAAUAGCUUCUUAACAACAGCUAUUUUAGCAUUUGUCUUAGUUUUAGUCUUAAAAUAUCUUCUAGUCUUUGUCACAUUUUAGUCAUUUCAUCCUUCGUUAGCUUUAGUCGACUAAAACUCAAUUUUAGUCUAGUUUAUCGUCCUUGCUGUGGAUGGCCCUUUAGUCACAGUCAUUUUAGUCACAUAAUAGUCAGUGCAUUUUUUUGUCAGGCAGGCAAAAACUCCAUCCCACCAAAACAGGCUGAAACUUCAGGCGGUCUUUUCAAACAGCUUUUGCACUAAAAGGCAUUAUCAUAAUUUUCACAAUUUAUUUUAUUCCAACCUCAUAGUAUGGAAAUAUAUAUAAAACACAGGAAAAGCACAUGUUUGACUGCACUGGGCCUUUAAACAGCUACAACUAGUGAAGUUUUAGCUUGCCAGAAAACAUAGGAGAUCAUUACCAAGCUUCUUUGUAGUGUUGCCCUGGUAAAGCAGUCCUUAGGGCUCUUUAGUCAUAAGGUGAUCAUACUGUACAUGGUUAUGACAAGUCUUAUAAUGCAUUAUGACAACAUCAUAAUGCCUUAUACUCAUGGUCUCUGAGUAACGUGUUAGGAACGCUGACAUUCAAAAGUGUGGCUCUUAAAAAGUGGGUGAGCUUCUGAACAUACAGAAGACUUGGUGAACCCCCCAGUACCUUGGUAAAGGACCUAGGCUAAUGAAUGAAAGAACAUUUGUUGUUUAGACCAAGAGAAAAUGCAUGGAGUGUUAUCCAUUAGCGCCUGUGCCUGUUACCUUACCUUAUUAUCUCUGCAGCACCAUAAUGGUGGCUAGUUUCCUCACAUCAAGGUUAUAAAUAAAAGUGGAGUAACUCCCAUAGGAGCUAAAAGCAAUGAGUCAUAUCCUUGGCUGUCUCUGGAAGUAGCAUUAGUCUAUUCCUUUCUAUUGUAUGUUGAAAGCCUCUCUCCGACUGCCCUGUAAUUCUUCAGUGAAAAAAGCUCAAGGCAGAUUUUAGGGCCAAGAUAACAAGCCUAAAUAACCUCAGAAUCCGAGCCCAAAUCAGAUUAUCAACGAGCCGCCAUACACUCGGAUUCUCUGAAAGAUGUACAAAAAAACUUCUGUCUGGCAGAAAGUUUGAGGAACCAUCAGCGAACCCGCUGUUCUCAUUGUUGAACCCAAGGUUUUUCUGUCCAUUAGCGUUCUCACAGCUCCACAAGUAACAAGAUGAAUGCCUUGCGCUGAAGGGCACUGGGUUCAGCGUUUGUGGAAUUAGAAUUUCCUUCCCACCGUCAUUAGCUGACCUUUUUCCUGUCUGGCGCUGCCCCCUUUUCCCAUAUUCCCCCCUGCUCUAUGCUGUGUGGGUAAUGACUCCGGCAUCGUUCCUCCUUCAUGUACCCCCAAGGUGCCUGUCUGUUCCCCUUACUAUCCCAACCCCCUGCCCUGAUACCAGGGCUAUACUGUCCUUCUGGCGUACCUGGGCUGCAUCUCAAUAGUCAAACGUGGCUUCUUCUUCCUUGUCUCUUCUCUUUCAACUGCAGUGAUAUGAAUGCAAAGAAGGUUACAUGAAAGCACAAAAGUAGAUACUUACUGGGAAGUUGCUAUCACCAGUCCAGUUCUUUCUCAUCAGGGUAGAUAAUGUGGAGGAAAGAAAGUUCCUUCAAGCUAUUGUACUCUCUUACUCUAUUGCUUCCCUGAGAUGUUCUCUUCUUACCUGAGAUGUUCUCUUCUUACCUGAGAUGUUCUCUUCUUCCCUGAGAUGUUCUCUUCUUACCUGAGAUGUUCUCUUCUUCCCUGAGAUGUUCUUUUCUUCCCUGAGAUGUUCUCUUCUGUCCUUGAGAUGUUCUCUUCUGUCCCUGAGAUGUUCUCUUCUGUCCCUGAGAUGUUCUCUUCGGUCCCUGAGAUGUUCUCUUCGGUCCAUGAGAUGUUCUCUUCGGUCCCUGAGAUGUUCUCUUCGGUCCAUGAGAUGUUCUCUUCGGUCCCUUAGAUGUUCUCUUCUUCCCUGAGAUGUUCUCUUCGGUCCCUGAGAUGUUCUCUUCGGUCCCUGAGAUGUUCUCUUCAGUCCCUGAGAUGUUCUCUUCUUACCUGAGAUGUUCUCUUCGGUCCCUGAGAUGUUCUCUUUGGUCCCUGAGAUGUUCUCUUUGGUCCCUGAGAUGUUCUCUUUGGUCCCUGAGAUGUUCUCUUUGGUCCCUGAGAUGUUCUCUUUGGUCCCUGAGAUGUUCUCUUUGGUCCCUGAGAUGUUCUCUUUGGUCCCUGAGAUGUUCUCUUUGGUCCCUGAGAUGUUCUCUUCGGUCCCUGAGAUGUUCUCUUUGGUCCCUGAGAUGUUCUCUUCGGUCCCUGAGAUGAUCUCUUUGGUCCCUGAGAUUAUCUCUUCGGUCCCUGAGAUGUUCUCUUCUUACCUGAGAUGAUCUCUUUGGUCCCUGAGAUGAUCUCUUCUUCCCUGAGAUGUUCUCUUCUUACCUGAGAUGUUAUCUUUAUACCUGAGAUGUUCUCUUCUUACCUGGGAUGUUCUGUUCUUACCUGAGAUGUUCUCUUCGGUCCCUGAGAUGUUCUCUUUGGUCCCUGAGAUGUUCUCUUUGGUCCCUGAGAUGUUCUCUUUGGUCCCUGAGAUGUUCUCUUUGGUCCCUGAGAUGUUCUCUUUGGUCCCUGAGAUGUUCUCUUUGGUCCCUGAGAUGUUCUCUUCGGUCCCUGAGAUGAUCUCUUCGGUCCCUGAGAUGAUCUCUUUGGUCCCUGAGAUGUUCUCUUCGGUCCCUGAGAUGAUCUCUUUGGUCCCUGAGAUGAUCUCUUUGGUCCCUGAGAUGAUCUCUUCAGUCCCUGAGAUGUUCUCUUCUUACCUGAGAUGAUCUCUUUGGUCCCUGAGAUGAUCUCUUCUUCCCUGAGAUGUUCUCUUCUUACCUGAGAUGUUAUCUUUAUACCUGAGAUGUUCUCUUCUUACCUGAGAUGUUCUUCUUACCUGAGAUGUUCUCUUUGGUCCCUGAGAUGUUCUCUUUGGUCCCUGAGAUGUUCUCUUUGGUCCCUGAGAUGUUCUCUUCGGUCCCUGAGAUGAUGUCUUCGGUCCCUGAGAUGAUCUCUUUGGUCCCUGAGAUGAUCUCUUUGGUCCCUGAGAUGAUCUCUUCGGUCCCUGAGAUGUUCUCUUCUUACCUGAGAUGAUCUCUUCGGUCCCUGAGAUGAUCUCUUCUUCCCUGAGAUGUUCUCUUCUUACCUGAGAUGUUAUCUUUAUACCUGAGAUGUUCUCUUCUUACCUGGGAUGUUCUGUUCUUACCUGAGAUGUUCUUCUUACCUGAGAUGUUCUCUUUGGUCCCUGAGAUGUUCUCUUCGGUCCCUGAGAUGUUCUCUUCGGUCCCUGAGAUGUUCUCUUCGGUCCCUGAGAUGAUCUCUUCGGUCCCUGAGAUGUUCUCUUCUUACCUGAGAUGUUAUCUUUAUACCUGAGAUGUUCUCUUCUUACCUGGGAUGUUCUGUUCUUACCUGAGAUGUUCUUCUUACCUGAGAUGUUCUCUUUGGUCCCUGAGAUGUUCUCUUCGGUCCCUGAGAUGUUCUCUUCGGUCCCUGAGAUGUUCUCUUCGGUCCCUGAGAUGAUCUCUUCGGUCCCUGAGAUGUUCUCUUCGGUCCCUGAGAUGAUCUCUUCGGUCCCUGAGAUGAUCUCUUCGGUCCCUGAGAUGAUCUCUUUGGUCCCUGAGAUGAUCUCUUUGGUCCCUGAGAUGAUCUCUUUGGUCCCUGAGAUGUUCUCUUCUUACCUGAGAUGAUCUCUUUGGUCCCUGAGAUGAUCUCUUCUUCCCUGAGAUGUUCUCUUCUUACCUGAGAUGUUCUCUUUAUAUCUGAGAUGUUCUCUUCUUACCUGGGAUGUUCUGUUCUUACCUGAGAUGUUCUUCUUACCUGAGAUGUUCUCUUCGGCCCCUGAGAUGUUCUCUUCUUCUCUGAGAUGUUACCUGAGAUGUUCUCAUCUUGUGUAUUCUCAACUUGUUUUGGAUUAAUUGCCCUACUGCUUAAAAUGAACAUUCCACAGGUGCGUUAAGACCAGUAAUAUGUAGCCGACACAGCUUUACACCAGCUGUCUUGCAGGUGUGUAAUCUACCACAUUACUGUAAUAAAAGUGUAAACCUUGUGCCAAGGACUUCCUCUCUUUUCCACUAGCUCUGCCUACGUACAGAACAGUGGGACCUGAGUACAGUAAAUGGGGGAUGGGGGUGGGUGGGGGUAUUUUGUACACUCAGUAUAUGUGGUCAUUUUUUGAUAUACAGGGUAAAGUUGAUCAUUUCAUAAUUAGGACAGCAAUCACUUUUGCUACCCGUACUGCAGGAAAGGAAGAUAAUAUCACUCCAAGUCAGUCAUAACUUCAAAACGGUCUAAAUAACCAUUAGAGUAUGAGACAGCACUUACACACUAAUGACUCUAAUUAAUGUGUAAUUAGUGCAGUUUGAAGUGGUUUAAAUUAAGUGGUUUAAAUGUUAAUCUGUUCUGUUUCUAUAGCUUGGAACACAAGAUUGUGCUGUCCUUGUUGGCCGCCUUGUCAUUGGCUCUGAUCUACUUCCUGGUCCAGCGAAGAUGUUCCUGGGUGUCCAAGAUUGCCCUGGCCCUCGGCCUUCUGGGUGUCUACAGCUACCGGGCGGCG